UGAGGUUAAAAGUCUACUUAAAUUGCAAACCGACCGCGUGUUUCGCAUUUUCGCAGUGUGGCGAAAUGUCACUUGUCAGUGAAUGUCAUCGAAAAAGUUAUGACGUUGCCGGAAUAAAUGGAGCUGACACCCACAGAAGUUGAAACAUUGUAUCAGCGGACACAUGUGUGUUUAUUUCAAGUCUCUGUACGAGUAAUUGGCAAAACCACUUGAGAAAGAGCAUUGCAUACACUGACAGUCCUAGCUCUCAGCAAUGCCAGUGAGACAUUCCAAAGAAGAUUCAGUCAAUCCUGUCAUUGCCAUGGCAACAGAACCUAAUUCAAGCAACCUUCCACUCAGCUCUGAGUAUCGGACGAAAAACAUCAAACGCAUUCUUCAAGAUUACAAACAGGGGUCAUGUGUAGAAUAUGUUCAGUUACUUCACAGUAUUUGCAACCCCAGUCUGGAUCCGGCAACUCUUCUGUCAUGGAUCAAAGAAUUCCAGCAGUGUGCUUCAUAUCUCGGGCAGGAAUUUGAGCCUCUGGUCAAAGCUCUCCUGCAAGUGAAUUGGUCCAGUAGAGGGCCCAAGAUGCUGAAGGAGUACCGUCGUUUUGUGACUCGCCUCAUCUCAGCCCACUCGGUGUACCUCGCAUCAGUCCUGAGAAUGCUGGCCAAGAACCUUGUCCCUUCAGACCCGCUGCUAGUAUUUGCCCACCCAAACCCAGAAGCAAUGGUUGAAGAACACAAAGCCGCUGAAAGGUCAAAGUUCACCUGGGUUCAUGAGACACUACAAGUCCUUCUUACUGUUGCCCCAGCAACUCCUAAGUUCCUCCUGCCUGUUCUUGCUGACUCCUUCCCGUGGAUCAAGAAAUCCUCGCAUGUCACGAAUGGCUAUGCAGAGAACCUGCUUGGCAUCACAACUUACCUACCUGAACUCAGGGUGAAAAUAUUGGAACUGAUUCUGCAUAGGAUGACAGAAUUGGAUGUGAAUGCCCCGAAGGAAGACAUUUGGGAUGCUGAAAGUCUUGCAGAGACCGUCGACAGACCCAACGAGGCGGGAGACGACACGCAGUUCAAGAUGGAUGGUGUAGGAGAAGGUGAUAAAGACUGCGUCAAGGAUGCGGGAGACGAGAAGAAGGAUGCGGUCAAACACGAGAUGGCCGACAAGCUGGACUCGCUGAUGAGCACCAUGAUGGUGUAUGUCAGGGAUACAUGCUUCAAAAAUGACGAGUUCCAGUUAGAGGAAGCAAGACUCCUUCACAAGCAUCUCCUGCAAGUCUUUGAUAAGGUCAUCCUACCCACCCAUGCCUCCAGCCAUGUCCAGUUUCUGCUCUUCUACUUUUGUAGUUUCAGACAGGCAAUCAUAGAUGCAUUUCUGGAGUUUCUAUGGAAACGUUUCACCAAUCCAAACACCCCGGCCGUACUGCGUCAAUCCUCUGCAUCCUACAUAGCAAGCUUUGUCUCCAGGGCAGAUUACCUCCCUCUCAGUACUGUCACAGCGUGCUUAGACCUGUUGUCGGGCUGGCUUCAUUCCUACAUUGACAAUCAGGAGGUGAAUAGCAGACUUCAGCAGGAUGUGUGUGUACAUGGGCCAUUCUACUCCCUCUGUCAGGCUGUGUUUUACAUUUUCAUCUUUCGACACCGCCAGCUUCUUGCUGACAACAAGGGACUUCACUACGUGAUGGGGCUGAACCUGGAACGCGUCGUCACCUGCAGAUUAAACCCCCUUAGGGUUUGUCUGCCAUCCAUCGUCAACAUGUUUGCCACUCUGACCAGGAAAUACCAGAUAGCAUAUUGCUACACGAUCAUUGAGCGGAACAACAGAUCGCUGCACCAGGUAGCCAAGCUACAUUCCAGCGGCUCAGCCACACAACCCUCUACAAAUUCACUGGAUUCGUUCUUCCCUUUCGACCCCUACUUACUGCCGAGGUCAGGGAAAUUUGUCCAGUCCUUGUACAGACAGUGGGAAGGAUGUAAACCUGACGAAGACACUUCCAAGAGGGAGGAGGAAGAGGAUGAAUUUGUGCAAUAUGAAGAGUGGGACAAGGACCUCCCCCUGGGAAUCACACCUACAACUGCGGCCUGCAUCUCCCCAGGGUUCAGGAGCUGAGGAUGGGUAGGCUUGUGAGAGGCAAAGGGCACCGAAAAGUUUGAAUGUCAUGUAAAUAGAUCUGGCACAAAAGAUCAUCAAUUUAUAAUAUUAUUUUAUUCAUUGCCGUAUUGGGCACCAUUUGUUUCCUUUUUACUAUUUUUUGAACCAGUGUACUUGAAGAAAAUGUGCUUGUGAAGACCUUUUUAUCACAGGUUGUAGCAUUUUCAUGAAAUAGCUCUUGCACUAAUGCUCGAUGCCUGAUAGUUUUUGCUACAAAAAGCAGCGACUGUCUGGAUCUGUCGUGGUCUGUGAUACAUGUGGAAAUGAAUUAGUGGGAGUGACCCUUCUGGUUAUUUCAGGGGGGAACUAUUUUGGGAAAGACUGGAAAGCUACCAGAAAACACUGGAAAACAUUGGGAGAAAUAUCAGAAAAAUCUGCAAAGAUUUCUGGACAGUACUAGAAAACUAGCAGUGCUAAAAAAAAAAAAUCCAAUGAACCUGUAGAGAAAUGUGGGAAGGCAACUUGAACACCAAUGCAAAGUCAGACGACUGUCUCUGCUUUGAAGUUGGCGUUGUAAGCAGGAAGAGUCGCCUAGCACUGCCAGCUGCUUUGCAUCUCAUGCAUGUCAUUUGGGAGCGUGGCAAGCCAUACCACUUUCUGUGGCCAGCGAAUUGGCAGUGCCUUCACACUGGGAAUUUAUUAGAAUUAUUUACCUUCCUGACAACAUUCCAUUUUGUCUGGUCAGGAGAUUUCCACUGAAGAUUGGGAACUCUAUGUCACUGUCAUUUGUGGGUGAUGAGUCGGAAGCAUCAUGUCGUUUGGGAGCUUGGGUUGUCUUUUGAACAUCAGGAAGCAGUAAGAAUAUCCCCCAUUACCUUGUGCAUGGUGCUGUUUGCACGAGUCAGCUUUUAGCAUGCAAUGCCAAGGCCCUCUUCGCCAUCUUCUUCAGGAUACCAAACAUGGACAGGAGUGGAGGAUUGAAUUUCUUCGUGCCCUGUUAAUUGUAAUUUGAUUCAGUAAAAAUAUUCUGAAAUUCUAGUUUAUAGUCAGAUUUGCAAACUGUAAACAGGUGGCCCUUGUGACUUUGACUUUGUUAUAUUUUCUUUACAUGGAUCAAAAUCUAACUUGCUUUUUGAGAUUAAGAGACAACUAGUGCGAGGUCACUUUUGGGGGGAACCACUGUGCGAUUCAUGGUUAGUAUGCAAAAUUCCUUUUAAGUUUUCAUUUUUGCCAAUACAAAGGGUAAGCAUUAUCUGGCAUUUUUUUAAUGUUCUAAGCUGCGCAGGAAGCCUUUUCAAAACGUUUGAAUGGAAGAACUUCAAGAAGUACCCCCGAUGAGAAAAUCAGAUUCAAAAUAGUUCCAUCUCUUCAAAUGUUUUUAAAUGUUAAAAAGUUCACUUAAUGAUGUAAAGACUUAGCAGCAUGGCUAACAAUGUAACUUUUCUUGAAUGUGGAAUGUACUAUAACUUUGCAGGACAACUGCAAAUAGCCUUGUUAUGAGCCUUGCCGGCAAAGGCGUUGAAUAGAUACAUGUAUGUCUAGACAUA